AUGUUCGCGACCAAUAUACAAAAGCAUUUUUUUACUUUACACUACAUAACAAUACUAUUCAUAAUAUUAUCAGUAACAACAGCCAAAGACCACAAAGAAUGUAUUCCACUAGAAGGUCUAGCCCCAGGCUACAUUGCAUGCGUGUGUAACGCAACAUACUGUGAUAAUAUAGAAGACUAUGGUAAACUAAAGCCAGAUGAGUUUGCUGUAUAUGAAUCUAAUGAAGAUGGCAAAAGAUUACAAUUGACUGUUGGCAAGAUUGGAGAGAAGUUAAAGUUCCAGACAAAACAGGAUAGUCGUAAGUGUUAUGUUAUAAGAACAAUGUUUUUUGAAAUCUGCCCUAGCUGUAGCCCUAUCCUACUCUAGUAGACUUGAAAGAAGAGCCACUAGACCGGGCCACAGCAGCUUUGAAAAGGGCCAACCAAGGCCCGGACCCUUUACAGGUCUACACCGUAAUUCUCUCCCAACUUCACCCUAACCUUAUCAUAGCUUUGAAAAAAUGUAAAAUACGGAGGGAAAGUCGCAAUUGAUUAAACAUUUAUUUUUUUCAGAAAAAAUAGUCAUAAAAAUUGACCCAUCCACAACACAUCAAAAUGUGAUAGGCUUUGGCGGGGCUUUCACUGAUGCCGUUGGAAUAAAUUUAAAAACAGUGACAAAAGAGUUACAACAACAGCUGCUUGAGCAAUAUUUCGGAAAAGAAGGUAAGUUUUUUAAAAAUAUAAAUAAAAAACGGAAAAAGUUUUUUAGGCUUAGUUCUAGCUUUAGAUCUAGCUUUAGCUCUAGCUCUAACUUAGCUUUAGCCCUAACCCGGUAUUAUACAAUCAUUACAUUAGCCACUAACUCAUAAAAAAUUACCGUGUAUUUGAAAGCAACUCGGCCAUAGACUGAACUAUGUUUUGAUUCAUUGACAGUGUAAACUGUGUAAACAGCGACCGAAUUAUCUCUAAACUUUGGCCUUGGGAACAAAGUUGAAUGUUUGCUGUUCGAAAUUACUAAAGAUGACAAUUCAAACACUAAAAAACUGUUUGAGUUUUGUUGAUUUUUUGUCUUAACGCUACUUGGACGUGUGUUGAAUUGGUUUGUCACAAGGCGUUUCAAUUUCUAUUUAAACUCAAGUUUAAACGAAAAAAAAAAAUAAAAAAAAAUUUUAAAUUUCAAAAAAAAUUUGAAAAAAAUCUCGAAAGUUCAAAUUUCAAAACAUAAGAUGAGAAAGACCCCUAAAGUAUUAGAAACCAAUUUUUCUUAAUUUGAACCCCCAUUUUCAAGGCAUUGGCUACACAAUGAGUCGAGUGCCAAUUUCGUCGACCGACUUCUCAAUGGAAGCCUACUCUUACCUUGAUAAGCCUAACGACUUCAACUUGACCACCUUCCGGCUACACAAAGCUGAUUAUGAUCUGAAGAUACCAUUUAUAAAACAGGCUGAAGAGAUUUUGGGAACACCAUUGAACUUGGUGGCUUCACCGUGGUCAGCUCCAGCUUGGAUGAAAUCAAAUGGCAAAAUGGUCAAUGGAGGCUUCUUGAAAGGCACUUGUCCUGGAGAAUACUUUGAGACUUGGGGCAAGUAUUUUAUUAAGUAAGUUUGUGUUUUAUACCUAAAAUCAGAUCUGAAAAAGAUUUUAAUUAAAAAUGUGCUCAUACCUUACAAUGGAAGCUUGACUGCACCUUGCAAAUCGGUCAUAACUUUUCCAUUCUUAAACAUUUUUAAGACAGAGUAUUAAAUUUAUGAUCAGCAUAAAAGUCAGCUUUAAAAAUGUAAAUUUUAGACAUAUUUUGCAACUUAUAGUUUUCUUUGGCAUUCCGCUUCAGCGAAAUUCGCGAAAUUUUUCGAAAGUCCAAAGAUAAUAUUCUAGGCCAAUAUCCUUGUUUUCUUUAUCAAUUUGAAAGGUAAAUGUUGUCUAUUAUCUGUAUAAUACUAUUGAUUUCUUCACACUUUCUGGAUUUCAUGAAAUUUGUACUUUUCACAUUGUUCUAGUUCGUUUUUUCUCGCCAUUUUGGUAGUCUACGAGAUUCAAGCUAUAAUAAAAUUCAGAGUCAGUUGGUAAUUAGUUUAUUUUAUAUUCUUUUUGCUGUUUUAGGUAAAGAGAUGUUUUUCAACAAAUUGAAACUGUUCCUCAUUGUUUAAGCUUACGUUUGCGUUGAAUAACACCUGGAUAUUGUUUUAGCGAAAUUUUUAGGUAACAAUUGAAAGUUGGGCAAGUGUUAGGCUUCAAAACAGCGAACUUGUAAGUAAAAGGGCAUAAUAGGUUUCCUGAUUAAUUCUUUGUCUUUCUAACUUUAAAAUACGUCAAAUUUCAAAACAUAUACCUAAAAACGUCAUUAAAACAACAUAAGAAUGUUGAUCCAAGCAAACCAUAGGCAAAAACUAAGGAAUAGUUAUCAAUUUGUUGAAAAAGAAAUUUCUCGUACCUAAACCAACAAAAACAAAGUAAAAAAAUUACUAACCGACUCUGCUCAUAAAGACGAUGUUGUUGUAGCUUGAAGUUUGCGAAAGCUUGCCAAAUUUCACAAUUUAUUGUACCAAAAGUGGUAUAACAUGUUCUAUAGCUAGAUUUACGUUUUCUAAAUGUUGAAAAGCUUUUUUCAGAUUUUUCGACGAAUACCAUAAGAAUGGCAUUGAUUUCUGGGGUCUAACAACUCAAAAUGAACCCACGAGCGGAUUGGUCCCAUUUUACCCAUUCCAAAGCAUGUAUUUGAGCGGAGAAGAUCAACGGUAAGACUUCUUUUCUCUUUUUCAUUACUUUAUAUUAUUUUUAGGAUGUGUGUCAUGAAAAAGUUGUCAUUAAGAGCAAUAUUGAGUUGGCAAAAAACUCCUGUCGUCAAUUUAUAUUGUAGUUCAGGUUUCAAAGUGACAAAACUUUUGUUUUACUUCAAUAUACCUCCUUGUUGUAAUUUAAUACCCUUGAUUUCAGUCAAUUCGUAUCGACUUAUCUUGGGCCUUUCCUACAAGCCUCUAACUACACCAAGCAUCUGAAGGUAAUGAUAAACGAUGAUAACGUGGAAAAGCUUCCGAGCUACGUAGAGAAAGCCUUCGACGAUCCAGAAUCUUCAAAGUACAUUCACGGCGUAGCAAUUCAUUGGUAUCACUCGGAGGUAUCGGAUAUGGAUCGGCUACAACAGACUAGCGAGAAGUACCCUGAAAAGUUUAUUUUAUCGACCGAAGCUUCGACCGGCGUUGGUUUGUGGGAUAAAGGGCCUUUAUUGGGGAUGUGGCAACGUGGAGUACGGUACAUGAGGGACAUUAUUGAUACGAUGUCAAGGAAUACGAUCGGAUGGAUUGAUUGGAACUUGUGUUUGGAUCUGACUGGAGGGCCGACUUUUGUGGAUAAUAGGGUGGAUUCGGCGAUUAUUGUGGACAAGGAGAAAGGGGUGUUUUAUAAACAACCCAUGUUUUAUGCUCUGGCUCAUGUGAGGUGAGGAUAGCUUAUAUUUAAAGAGGGCGGGUGAUUUUGGUUUGGAAGAGGCUAACAAUUUUGUUAUUUGUUAUUUGAAAGACAAUUUGUAUUUUAAAAAAUUCAAAUUCAAAGGCAAAAAUUCCAGUAAAUUCGUUCCAUCCCAUUCAUAUCGUAUCGAGCAUGAAGUUAUCGACCUUCCACCUGAACACGACUUCAGAUCAAUCGCUUUUCAAACUCUGGACAACAAAAGAGUGUUGAUCAUAAGCAAUGACAACUACUUUCAUACGUUUGAUGUUCAAAUCAAAGAUCCGAAGAGCUCGAAGAGUAUCUAUUAUACUAUUGGGCCUAAGAGCUUUACUACUAUUAUUUGGAACAAGCCUUAA